UUUUUUUUUUACUUUCAUUAGUACUUAUAUAGAAAAAGAAAAGGCUAUGAAACUCAACAGUCUAUUCCUUAUCUCCAGUUUAUUUAUAUUUCAUACAGCUCAAGCUGGUAUCUUCAGUCAUCACGCUGCCAAAGAUGACACCACCGAUACUAUCAAGUCUAAUGAAAACGACAGCAAAGGUGUAGUUGACAAAAAGAUGGAUUAUAAACUAUCUUUUAAGAUCCCUUAUUAUUACAACAAUAAUAUUCCUUUUUGGUCAACAGGAGGAGAUGUAAUCGGGGCACAUGAUAGAAUACGACUUUCACCUUCAGUCCCUGGAACCAAAGGUUGGAUAUGGAGUGACUUACCUAAUGAAUAUGAAGAAUGGAUGGUGGAUAUGACUUUUAUUAUCACAGGAAACCAAGUUCAUGGUGGACGUGGGAUGGCUCUUUGGUAUACAAAAGACAAGUUACCUGAAGGUCCUAUUUUUGGUGCAAAAGAUCAAUGGGAUGGUCUCAGUAUUUGGUUUGAUUCAGCCAAUCCAAAGACCCACUCACCUACAAUCAUGGCAUUCUUGAACGAUGGAAAAUUUGCCUUUGCUUCUGCUGGUGUGGAUCCUACAAAACGCGCUCUUGCCUCAUGUCCUAUGGAUUAUCGCAAUGCUCAAGCUCCCGUUAGAAUGCGACUUUCUUAUAAAGAUCAUACAUUGACAUUGCUUCUGGAUACAACUUCUCAUGGUAUGAAUUAUCGUCCUUGUUUCCAAUAUUCUGGUAUUACUCUUCCCACUGGUUACCAUUUCGGUCUAUCGGCUGCUUCUCACAAUCCUGCUGAUGAUCAUGAUAUUAUCUCAUUCGAAACGUACCAACUAAAUCCUCCUGCGAAACUACAACAUGAUAAGCGACCUUUGGAAGAAGAAAUCAUCCAAAAAGGCAAUGCUUUCCGAGAACUUUCUGAAGAACAAAAAAAGAAAAUUGAAGAAGCUGAAUUCGAAGUCAAGCGUUUACGGGAACAAAAUGAAGGCAAUGUGAUGUCAGAAACAACAGCCACUAUGGGUCUUCUUUUUGAUACAGAACGUCGCAUAUUGGAAACAUUACAAAUCAGUCAACUUCAAUUAGAAGCUUUGGGUGCACCUACGCCUGAACAGGUACUUAGUGGGGACUUUGUACAAAAGCCAGUUGGAGGAAAUGUGAAUGAAAGAAAUCAAGCUGCUAGGUAUGAUUUUGGAAAAAGGAGAUAGAAAAAGAUCUUUGUCUAACAACUUCCAAUCAAAAUAGUGGCCUAUCAGUGGAUCAUUUAAGAACAGAAAGCAAGCUCAUUCUUCAACGUUUGGAACAACAAUCAAAUCAAUAUGAACAACGUUUGAAAGGAUUACAAGAUACCAUGUCCAGAAUGGAAUCAAUGAU